UGCAGUCACACUAAAAAGAUUUUUAAAAAGAAGAAGAAAAAAAGAAGAAACUGAAAAGUUUCACUAAUUUUCAACAAUAAAUUAAAGACGUUCCAAAGGACGCACGCCCUGUGCACAUUUCCCCCACUGUGUAGCACAACGCAAUGAUGACUGACAACAAAAGCUACGACUCCAGCAACGACAGCGAGUCGGAGGAGCAUCGGGCCAAGCAUAAGAAGGCCAAAAAGCACAAGAAACACAAGAAAUCCUCAUCUGGCAAGGGUGAGAAAGACAGACAUGCCCACAAGAAGCACAAGAAGGCGAAAAAGCGCCCCCACCGCGCAAGCGAGUCCUCGAACGACUCGGAUGCGAUGGAAAACGCCAAGGCCAAGCUGGCGAAGAACUCUGGGCUGAGCAGCAAAUUCACAGAGAUCAUGCAGAAGGCUAGUCGCAACGGAGCCGACUUUCGCAUCGCCAAGCCCAUGUUGCCGACGGACCCAAGCAGCCUGGUGGAGGAGAUCACCAAGACUAUUCAAAACAAGGUGCUGCCCGUCUUGGAGGUAGCCAGUUCGGGUAGCGAAAGCGAUGUACCUGCCGAUGUGGCCAGUCCGAUCAUUGCGUCCAUUAUUGAGGACGAGCUGAACUUGGAGGAUCUGAUGAGACAGAAGGCUAUGCUGCAGGCUCGCCUGGGCGCCUAUAUGUCGGACCCAGAGGCCGACGACAGAGGCGAGCUCCAUCCGCAGCAGACCAAGCCAAUGCCCAAGGUGGCCACUUCCGCACUUCCGCAAUCCCUGUCACAAGCGAUGGCCGCCAGCAAGUCUGCAGCGCCGCUGGCUACUGCAACCAGUAAACAUGCUAAUAUUAAACAGUCUAGCACGCAUAACUCAAAUGAAUCCGAUGUUAUAUUGUUGGAUGAUUCUAGCGGAGGCCAGCGAACCCCCUCGCCCACGCCCGAGAAGCGGAGACGCCACGCAUCCCCGCUCCCAGCAGGCUCGAGAAGCCGAGCCCGCGAUGACCCGCUCCACGGACGAAAGGAACGGCGGUCGAGAGAACGCGAUCGCACACCCUCACGUCGUCGGGCAGCUGAGCAGCAGACACAGGCACGGCCCCGCAGCCGCAACCGAAACAUGGAGGACUUGCGACAGGAGAUCAACCGCGACAAGCAAAGGGAGAGACGCGACCAUAGCCGAGACCGGGAUCGGCGUGGGGCGGAGAGGCCACCGCCCACCGAAUUGCGAACAGGUCGUGCCCGCGAGCGGGACGUUCGACCCAAUCGCAGCCAGCGCUCGCACAGCCGGAGUAAGUUUGAGUCGGACAGGCGUCGAGAGCGGGAGCGGCAAAAGGACCGGGAUCGUGGUGGCUUUGACCGUGGUGGUGGGCGCGGUGGAGCACGUGGUGGCGCAGACAACGGGGACCGCGAUCGGUACAAGGGUUCGCUGAGCGAGGGGCAAAAGAAGCACGACAAAGAGAGCAGUGACGAGGAGGCCAACCUCCUGGACAUUGACAUUGACGAGGACGAGGAUGACGAAGAGCGUAUCAUUGAGCAGCGUCGAAAGAAGCGUGAGGAGCUACUCAAGAAACUGGGGACUGGGCAGGAGUCACCAACUCCUCAAAACUCCAUUAGGUACGAGUCUCGAAGCUCUUCGCCAGGGUCAUCCCAACGCGAUAGGCCCCAUAGGACGCCGACACCCACUCUGCCCAGCUCGGAUCCGCCUAGCUCAGACAUGCCGAAGGAGCACCAGCAGCUGGACAGCUCGAAUAGCCAAAAAAACAGCUCCGUCAAGGAAAAAAGAAACGAGUGGGAUAUGUUCGCUGACCAAGAUGUGGAUUCAAAUUUCGAUUCACCCAACACCAUCGUACAAAAUAAGCACCAACACGAAAAUCCUGCCCUCACCGACAACUGGGACGAUGCAGAGGGCUAUUACCGAGUUCGAAUCGGCGAGGUUCUGGACAAUCGCUACUUGGUAAACGGAUACACUGGCCAGGGUGUCUUCAGCAAUGUCGUGCGUGGCAGAGACCAAGCUCGGGGACAGGCUAAUGUAGCCAUUAAGAUCAUACGCAACAACGAAAUAAUGCACAAAACUGGCUUGCGAGAAUUGGAAAUUCUAAAGAAACUGAACGAUGCUGAUCCGGAAGAUCGAUUCCACUGCCUGCGUUUGUACCGCCACUUUUUUCACAAGCAGCAUCUCUGUAUGGUGUUCGAACCUUUGGCAAUGAAUUUACGUGAAGUACUUAAGAAAUAUGGCAAGAAUGUUGGCCUCCACAUCAAAGCAGUUCGUAGCUAUACACAGCAACUUUUUUUGGCACUCAAGUUGCUAAAAAAGACGGGCAUUUUGCAUGCGGAUAUAAAGCCGGAUAACAUUUUGGUCAACGAAAAUAAUCUGAUACUGAAGUUGUGCGAUUUUGGGUCUGCAUCGGCCAUCAGCGACAACGAAAUAACACCGUACUUGGUGUCGCGGUUCUACCGCUCACCAGAAAUUAUUUUGGGUAUUCCGUACGAUUAUGGAAUCGAUACAUGGUCCGCCGGCUGCACAAUAUACGAACUGUACACGGGUAAGAUUCUGUUCAGCGGCAAGAGCAACAACCAGAUGCUCAAGUUUUUCAUGGACGUGAAAGGCAAGAUACCAAACCGAAUCGUCAGAAAGGGUCAGUUUAAGGAGCAGCAUUUUGAUCAGAGCUGCAACUUCUUGUACCACGAGAUAGAUAAGCUCACCGAAAGGGAAAAAAUUGUUGUGAUGCCGGUGGUGAAACCUUCGCGUAGCUUGCAGCAGGAACUAAUCGCUGAUCAAAACCUGCCAGAUGACCAGCAUCGCAAGGUCACACAGCUGAAGGAUUUGCUGGAGAACAUGUUUGCCCUGGAUCCAGCCAAGCGGAUAUCCCUCAACCAGGCACUAGUUCAUCCCUUUAUUCAGGAGAAGAUGUAGAGCAGUCUUAGAAAUCAAUGAAACGUAAUUUUAUUUUGCCUAGCCGUAAGACAACCGAUACGCCCAACUCGUGCGUUAGUUACUAGUUCUCGUUCGUUAUCAGACAAACAUGCUCACCCAAUAAUCACACGAUCUAUACAUCUACUCGACCGAUGUAAAUAAGCUCUGUGGUUUGCGCGUUUUGAGAACCGAAUUAUACAAAAUAUUAUUAUUCAGUUAGCAAAUGUUCCGCAACUUGUUAUUCGUGUGUGUAUCAUGCGUGUAUAUAAGUAUUUUAAAGCUACUACUGUAUAAAAUGCAUGUGACCGAUUUGCCACACACACAAUAUAUACAUAUAUAUAAACAUA